AUGCUCCAACUGCCAGUCAGUUCACUUCCUGCAAUUAUAUUUCUGUUACAAAUCACUUUAUUCGGCUUAGCAGUAGCUAGAACAGACUGCCUUCAAUCCUCCGCUGGAACUUCAACACGAGCGAAGCGAGGAUGUCCAAUGUCGCCCUAUGCAACGUUUCUAACCGAUGAUCAGCAACAGACUCUUCAUGAACUCGUGACAGAAGCGCGACGGCAGGGUGCAGAUGAGGACUUGGUAAAAGAGCAUAUCGACAAGUAUAUCAGUAAGAUAUUACCACCACAAAGGUAUUACGAAUUUCGAGAAGCUUUUGCACGUUUUGAGGCUGGACGCCGAGAAAAAAGAAGCGCAGAAGGUGUAUUCACAAGAACUCAAACGAAAGGUUGA